AUAUAUAAAGCUGAAUAUAUAAAAGAUUAAGUAGCUUCAUUAUAAAGACUAUUUACUUGCAAUAUUAUAAAAAAUUUUGUAAAAAUUAAAAGUUAAAGCUUCUCUAUUUCUUACAUCUUGGUAUAUAAUAUCUUGCAUAAGAUAAAAGAAAAUUACUUUAUAAUUCUUACUUUAAUUAUAUUAAAGAUAUUCUAUUGAAACUGCAACACAUCCAUCUAUUUCAUAUUAAUAUAAAGUAUUGUAAAAAAAAAAUAUUUUCACCAUGGCAAGCCAUGCUACCACUAGCAAAAAUUAUAACAUGAAACUAAUCGAUACCCUUUAUAAUAAAAUACCAGCUUUUACUGAUCUCUUUGAUGAAGAAACAUGGUAUACAUUCGUUGCUUGUUUCAUAGCAGGCACUUUUCUAGUUGCUUUUAUACUUUCCAGGUUUAUUACAUUACAUCCAGUCGAUUAAAUUCAUCAUAAUAUAAUGUUAUUUAUUCUAAUAUAAUGCUAAUUCUUAUUCAUGCUUUCAUAAAUAUGUAACAUAAAUAAACAAAUAUGUAGCACCAGAAUAUGUAUUUAUAAAGAUUGAAAAAUGUUUUCAUACUCUUUUAUCAUUUUACUUUAAUUAUUUAAAGAUUAAAAUUAUGUUGAAGAAACAUUUCAUUACUUUACUCAUUUCUCUACUUUAUCAACUAAGAACUUUUUGGAUUAUAUACCAUAAGGAUCAAUAAUCCAAUACUAUUCUAAUGUAAUUAUAUAUAUCUACUGUAAUCUUAUAAAAAAGAAAAAAAAAAAAAAGAAACAUAGCCUAUGUCAUAUAAGUAUUGAAGCAAUAUAUAUUUUACAACAAAUUAAUUAGGCUUUUGCUAUAAAGUAAUAGAUUUUAUCUAAUGCCAUCAUUAAAAUUAAAAAGAUCAGAUUUUCUUGAUUCAUUUUUAACAAAAAAAAUUUUAUAACAUCUUUAUAAAAAAAAUGUAAAAAAGUAGUAUACAAAAAUAGAAUGAUAAAAUAUUAAAACUUAGAUAUUACAAUUGAUUGAUUUUAAAUUAGAACAAUAAGAUAAUAAUAACUGUCCCUUUAAUUGUUUUCCUAAUUAUGUAUCUAUUGUGUUACAAUGCUAUUAUAGAUCUCAAUUUGAUUUCUUUUCCCCUUCCCCCAUCUUUUUCUUCACGCAUGCGCGCACAUCGCAUCGUUCCGAUACAUCUCCUUUAUUAUUAUACCACUCGAAUCAAAAUCGACGUUCCAUUAAUAUCUUUUGAAAUUCUUUUAAAAAACAUUUCAUUCGAAACGAUUUAACAUUUUAAAUAAUAACGUAAAUAAUGUGAACAAUUUUUACAUUCCGUGAAAUUAUAAUGUGUAAGAUGGUCAUUUUAAUUUGGAGGAAAAAAAAAAGAAAAAGAAAAAAAAAGAGAUGUGAAAUAUGAAUCAAAGAUCAUAAUGAAAGUCUUAUUGAAUAAUUUCAUAGAAAUGAAGAAAACAAAAGCUACUUGUAAGUAUUAGGAUAAAGUAAGUGGUAUAUAAGGAAGAAUGUUAUCUACUUGUGCUGACAUCUGAUGGGGAAGAAACGCGACACUCCAAAGGGCUGAGAGAAAAGAGAGAGAGAGCACGUGUAUUUAACGAGUAACUUUAAUCUCUCCUUAAUUUCAAUAUUAUAAGAAAAAGACGAGGACGGUUUCGAAAGUUUCGCGAUCGAUUAACAAUUCUUUCUAUUUAAGAUUUUUCAAUUACCCUUUCCUCUUCUUUUCUUUUCUUUUCUUUCGACCUUUGAAAUUGUGCUCAUGUGAGACUAUCGUAAACGCGUAUGAAUAAGAACUACAUAUACAUCUCGUACAGGUUAUACAUAUCAAGAUAUUUAUUACUAUUCUUCGUGGAAGAUUCGUGAUCAUUCUUCAUUAAGGAAGACAAAGGUAUUUACACACAAAAAGAAAAAAAAGAAAAAAAAAAAAAAAAAAAAAAAAAAAAAAGAAAAAAAAAAAUUUUGUUUAACUAAUAGCAAACAACACGUGCGAUAUAAUAACCUCAAAAAUAUAGUUGAAAAUUAAUAGGAAAGUGGACAUAAUGAUUUAGAAGUUCCUUUAGAAUGACGAAAUAACACGAAAAUAUUCAAUGAAUUCCUCGUCAAUUAGCAGGGCUAAGAACAUUUUAACGGAGCUACCGAGGGUUCUACUUGUAAAAUAAAUUCACAAAAGCGACAUAAUAUUUAUCGAUUAUGUAUAUAUUAAAAUUUUGAUUAAUUCAUUAAAAAUUAAUUUAAUCGUUAUUAUUCGAGUAUCAGGAAGAUUAACAGGAAAAUACGAUUAAUACGAUUUUUAAAGAGGCACGCACAGGCAAUUGUAGAGAUUUAUUUUUUUUUUUUGGCGAUUCGUAUUCAUUCAAACGUAUCACCGAUUAUUUUGAUAAUCGACGAUAUCGAUUCGAAGUUGUAUCGAUCUAACUUGCAUGCAAUCGAAUUCUAAUUCAAAAAUUUUUGAUAGUUCGGAAUAUAUGAUCAUGUAUGAAAGCUCCUUUAUAGUAAAAAAAAAAAAAA